AUGGUAGGCAAGAAAAGUCCUCGAAAAAGUACGGUGAAUCAUAGCACACAUUCUGGUAAGCUACCAGCAAAUAUUAAAAGACUCAUAAAAAAGGGUGAAGUUUGUUCUACGCCCAAGCAGUCACCUCCCAUGCUAGGGACAACAAGGCCAAGAAGAUUUAGCCUUAUAUACUCUUCAGAAUCAUCUUUGAGUGACGUGUCUGAUUCCGAUAAAAGUAAAAGUGCGAAUUUACAUAGAAAUAAGAAAAAGGCGAAGAAUGUUUCCAAUAAUUCUCAAGGCAAAAAGAGUAAACUUAUACAAAGACAACAAGACUAUGAUGAUGAGGGAACACAGUCUUCAGACUACCGCGCCAUAACGGAUGAAGGAGAGAGCGAAAACGAAGAAGAAGAAAGUGAAGACGACGAAGACGACGACGGGAGUGAUAGUGAUAGUGAGACAAGUUCAGACGAUGAGAAUAUUGACUUUGUUAAAUUGACAGCCCAAAGAAAGAAAAGGGCCAUGAAGGCGUUAUCUGCCAUGAAUACCAAUAGCAAUACUCUCCACUCAUCUCUUGAGAAUAGUAAUAAGAAUGAAGCAAUAACAAUGUCCUAUCGAAAAGAAAAAGAGGAAGAGGAGAAAGAAAAACACCAACAACCAAAGAAAAAAGAAGUAAAAAGUCCAAAUACCACUACUACCCAACAGGCACUGUCGUUUAAAUUCAAAAGAGAAAGUGACGGCAUUAGUUUUGGUAAUGGUAGUGGGGAUUAUAAUGAAGACAUCGGUGAAGAAGUGUUGGACUUGAAAAACAAAGAUAACGAUGAUCAAGAAGAAGGAAAAGUAGGCCCUAAGGCCACGCUAAGUAAUAACGAUGAACUACGGUUUCCCAAUAUUUCAGAGUCAGAUGAAUCGGAGUAUGAUAUUGAUCAAGAUGCAUAUUUUGAUGUAAUUAACAAUGAAAACUCCCAUGGAGAGAUCGGUACAGAUUUAGAAACAGGGGAUGAUGAUCUUCCGAUAUUGGAAGAAGAAGAACAAAAUAUUGUUUCUGAGCUGCAGAAUGACGAUCAACUGUCGUUUGAUGGUAGUAUACAUGAAGAAGGAUCUGACCCGGUAGAUGAUGCUGAGAACAAAUUCUUACAAAAUGAGUACAACCAAGAAAACGGAUAUGAUGAAGAAGAUGAAGAAGACGAAAUAAUGUCUGAUUUUGAUAUGCCAUUUUACGAAGAUCCAAAAUUUGCCAACCUUUAUUAUUAUGGUGAUGGUUCAGAACCAAAGCUAUCCUUGAGUACCUCUUUGCCACUAAUGUUAAAUGACGAAAAACUAUCUAAACUGAAAAGAAAAGAGGCUAAAAAACGCGAGCAAGAAGAAAGGAAACAAAGGCGAAAGCUUCAUAAAAAGUCACAAAAACCCAGUACAAGAACAACUUCCAAUGUAGACAAUGAUGAAUAUAUUUUCAAUGUUUUCUUUCAAUCUGAUGAUGAAAAUAACGACAAUAAGUCCGAGAAAGGCAAGCACAAAUCGGACCAAAGUGGUAUCAGACAUAAAAAUAAAGGCCUGAAUAUAAUAAAGUCAAAUGAUAAUUUGGAACCAUCAAUCCGUAACCUUGGCUUGAACUCCGGGAAAUAUAACUCUUCUGAUGAUGAGUAUGAUAACAUUUUAUUAGAUGUCGCGCACUUGCCUUCUGAUGAUGAGAAUAGUCACUCUGAAACAUCCAAUGAUUCUGACACAGAUGAGGAGUUGAGAGCAUUAGAUUCAGACAGCUUGGAUAUUGGCAUGGAAUUAAAUGAUGAUUACGACGAAGACGACGAUGACGAUUCCAGCGUAACGAAUGUAUUUAUAGACAUCGAUGAUCUAGAUCCAGAUUCAUUUUACUUUCAUUAUGACGACAGUGAUGGGUCUUCUUCUAUCACAAGUUCCAAUUCCGAAAAAGAAAAUCUCGAUGAAUCGAAGGAUUGCAAACAUGAUCUCCUAGAGACUGUCGUGUACGUUGAUGGCGAGUCUACAGAUGAAGAUGACAAUCUACCACCCCCAAGUUCAAGGACGAAAAAUAUCGGCUCAAAAGCAAAGGAAAUCGUAAGUUCAAAUGUUGUUGGGCUACGUCCCCCUAAACUAGGUACCUGGGAGACUGAUAACAAGCCCUUCAGUAUCAUUGAUGGUCUCUCUACCAAAUCACUAUACGCUUUAAUCCAAGAACACCAACAACUUCGCGAACAACAUCAAAGAGCUCAAACCCCUGAUAUAAAAAGGGAGGGAAGCGCCAGUGCCAACAAUGGCACCAUUAAUGGCGAUGAAUUGACACUCAAUGAACUAUUAAACAUGAGCGAAUUAGAGGAUGAUUCGCCAUCCCACACAGAUGAUAUGGAGAAUAAUGGUAGUCACAACAAUACGGUCAAUAACAAAAGUACAAAUGGCCAUGCUGCAGAUUGGUAUGAAGUCCCUAAAGUUCCUUUAUCUGCGUUCAGGAAUAAGGGUAUUAAUGCCUACGAAGAAGAUGAAUAUAUGCUUCCAGCGAACUCUAAUAGAAAAGUCCCCAUUGGAUAUCUUGGUAAUGAAAGAACACGGAAGAAAAUUGAUAAAAUGAAAGAGUUACAACGGAAGAAAACUGAAAAAAAAAGGCAGUUAAAGAAGAAGAAGAAGCUUUUAAAAAUAAGAAAAGAAAGGGAAAAGGCAAGGAAGGAGCAAGAAACCAUGUCUCUGCAGCUGGGAAUCAAUGUUCAUGAUACUCACGAUAACGACAAUAAUAGUCAUAGUGAUAUGUACACCGGUACAGAUUUUACGACCAAUGAAAAUACUCCUAUGGAUGGCCUUCCCUCUCAUACACCCGAUGAUGCGUCAUUAUUAUCUCGUAAUGUUGAUCUUACUGUGGGCAGCAAUACAAGAAAAAAUUCAACAAAGAGUGUGGGCUUGGAUGAAAUACAUGAGAUUUUGGGUAAAGACGAGAAUGACUUGCUACCUGUAGGUAAUAUAAACGAUUAUGAUACGCACGACAGCCAUGCCAUUGGAGAUACUGAUGCUGACAUCCUAGCAUCGUUGACCGCUCCUGUGCAAUUUGAUAAUACGUUAAAUCACGAAAACAGUAAUUCUAUGUGGAGAAGAAGACAAAGUAUGGUCGAAGCAGCGGCGGAAAAUCUUCGUUUUACUAAAAAUGGUUUAUUUAGUGAGAGCGCUUUAGCAGAUAUCGAGGGGAUUAUGGGUAAUGAUGCCAACCAUUCAUUCGAGUUCAAUGAUGUUUUACAAUGA